AUGGCCGGAAUCGAAUUAUGGAAAUCGAUUAUAAGAGCGGAGGUGGGGGGAGUGGAUAUCGCAGAGAGGGAAGGUCUCCUGCGAUGCAGGGGCUCUACUACCUCUUGCUGGCUCUAUGUUCUAACUAUCCACCGCCUCCCAGUGGAUGAUCGACCAUUUUCAGGCACCACAGCUAAUGCUAGCGGUGCCCUUGAAGGAAAUGGACUUGUCUUCGAGGUGCUGGAAACACUUCAAGAGAAAUUUGGUUUUGAAUACGAGCUCCAAAAGGAAUCAAGAGAAGUUGAUAUGAUAGCAGCUUUUUUACCCAUCUUGCCCGGAACCCAUAAUUAUGUAACUUGGGGUACACAAUUGUGGCAAGCGCAUUAUUAUGUGCUCAUGAAGAGGCCUGAUGAUUCAGCAACAGGCAGUGGUCUAUUAGCACCAUUUGAUAACAAGCAGGAUUCUGCUCUAACUCACAAGGCCAGGUCAACUGAGCAGUGGCUGCAAAACAACAUUCCAGAGUUCAUCUCUGCCUCGGAUGGUCCCUCAGGAAGCCCUGAUCUCAACCCACACACAGCAUGCCACAGAAUCCACCCUAGCUUGGAAAGCUUCAAACAAUCUCUGGUACUAGCAGUUGAGCGCUUUCCUCAAGAAGUGCUGCGUGCUGCUAUCGAUGACUGGCCACGGAGAUUAAAUUCCUGUGUCCAAUCAAGGACUUCUUUCCGCUGA